CAACACUGAUUACUAGUAUUGCAAAUUGGCUAAUUAGUGCAGGGUAUAAAUUGGCAAAUAUAAAUUAGAGGAUGCAUUUGAAAUUGCAUCAUGGGUCGUGAACUGUCGUGGGUUGUUGCCACGCUGGUGCUGCAAGCAAUAUGGGGCUGUGCGUUUUCCUCUCUGCUGGGCCCGCGCACUGCGGCCACCAACAUCGACAACAACGACAACCAAGACCAGCUGAACACCAAUGAAUAUUGCCACACUUGCGUCAAGAUCGACAGCCUCUGCUACAACCACAGCUACUUGUUCCAACUCCCCGCCCCCUUCGGCGACCACCCCUUCGUUAAAAGAAUGGCCAUCAUGCAGGCUACCAACGUUCUAUACUACAACUUCCAACCCGCGUUCGCUGACAAAGAAUACUCCAAAGUCGCCUUCGUGUCUUUAAACAAUCCACAAUAUUCCGGCGUCAUCUCUGGCUGGCAGUCUUACAACUUCGACACCUUCGAUAUCAAUCAGAAUGAGAAAAAAGUCUAUCUUGGGGGCUCCGACGGUAUAUGGGUUGUCAAUUCUACCAGCCGCUUCCCCUCAUUCUAUGGCAUGAGGAAGAAUCUCAUUACUAACAUUGUUGUUAAGGACUAUGUGUAUUUUACUAGCGCUGAGCGUAAAGGUAUCUACAAAUAUAUAGACGGGUAUUAUGUCGGACAGUUUGUAGAUAAAAAGAUAAAUUAUUUUGUAAUGGAUAACAGAUACGAUACUGUGUAUUUAAAUGAUAGCGGAUUGUAUAUUUCAUUCAGUAGACAGACCCUGGAAGAUGUAAGGUUGACAAGGCAACGGGUCAUUGGAGGUUUGACUGCCGACAAUAGAGGAACGGUGUACGUCUGGCGAGUCGACGGGUUGUAUAAAAUUUCUUUAAGUAUACAUCUUUCCCAGUCUACAUUGAAACGCGUUUCGAAUAUAGCUCCCGACGCUAUGACGUUUGAUGAGUCGAACAACAUUAUAUAUUCGAUUAGAAACAACUUGUACAAGUUGACUUUGGUACCGACUAGCAAGUGUUUUGGUUUGUAGGUAAUGGUAUCCAAUUGAAGAUUAACUAGUAUCUCUUGAAACUAACGUAUUUUCUAUAACUUGCUUUGCUUUCCAUGAAUUUAUA